AUGACACAUGCCCAUUUUCGUCAUCAUUUUCGAAGAGAUGACAGUGUAGAAUCAUCACAGCCAAAGCAGAUCACCUCCUUGUCUCCCUACAUUGGCACAUUGGUACAAACUCUGCUUGUUGGCUUUUCGAUUGCCUUUGGCAUAGCAGUCAUCUGCUUAGCUCGUGGAGGUCGAAACUGCAUUUUAGUCACGUAUUUCAUAUCCAUCCUCACGCUGCAACUCGCUUUUGAUAUCCUUGGCUCAUGGCAAAUCGAGCAUCGCGAUCAUGCGGACGUCUCAGCAGGACUUGCAGCCUUGGCAAAGAUUCAAGAACCAUUAUCAGUUCGAAUACUUUGCGCUCUAACGGCAUGUUUGAUCGCUCCAGUACAUGCAUUCUACAUCACCAUUCUCGUCAAAACAAAAGUGAAUUGGAUUGUGCUCAGCCUGACGGCAUUGUCCGCACUUGUAUCCUUCUUCGUUGGGAUUGCAGCAAGUAUCUCACGCGCACAGCAACAUGAUCCUGGAUGGGCCACUCAAGAUAUGGGAAAUGCAGUCAUUUUUCAAUACACUUUCUAUGCAGCAAUAGCAUUGGCAGAUAUAAUUUUGAGUGUCUGCUUGCUACGAACUUGGUUAGGCGGCAACAAAAAGCCGUUCCAUGUAUUCCUUUGCCUACUUGCCACACCUUUCUUUCCAGGACUAGCAUCGUUGGCUUUGUUUCUCGUUUUGGCCACAGCAGAAGAUCGUAGUCUACAAUUGGCAAUCCUAAUGCCUUUGGGAAGCUUUCAUGUCACAAUUUUGCUCUUCUACAUCAUCAGAAGGGAAACAAAAGACGACUCAGUGCAGAAACUGAAGCCGUUUGUCAUCACUGCAAAAGAAAGUGACCCAAAUCACGGCAAGGACAAUCAAGGAGAAAUCGUCCAAAAGAGAAGUCCAAACAUGGUGAGGUACGAGCUGCCUUCCAGUCCUCUUCGUUCAAAGACUUCUUCACCGUCUUCUCUCAACAAAUCGCCCGAACGCUUUAUUUUGGAAUCCAGCACGCCUAGUUUCUUACGUUCUGAUCCGUACAAGAUCUGCAGUCCAACUUCUGCAAGCAGCCCAGGAAGUCCAGAAGUAACAUAUUAUCAAGAAGAAGAGAGUCCAUCAGAACAUAGCUUUGCAAGUCAUCAUGGCAGCAAGACACAUUCGCCCAGCAGCAGUACAAGCACAGGCAAGAAAAGAGCUAGAGUUCAAGUUGCACCCGGUCGAAUUGUGGAAUUGGCAAGGGCAGAAUCAUCAGAGCCUGACAGCAGUUCUCAUCAUUCGGGAGGUGAGAGACGCUUUUCCCACAGACGUUCCAGGAUGAGUUCGUUCAAUAAUUCCAAUCCUCCCUCAAGCUCAUUAUCGGACCUUUCUGUGAUUGUCGACGGCGUCGCAUAUUAACCACCAUUAGCACAAUGAACCAAGGAUCGUAAAUCGGACACUUUCGGGUCAUCUUACUCUACCUUUCCCACACACAAGACAAUUUGACAAUCCCUUCUUCAUUUGAGCAUCAAGAGUACCUUUUUUGUCAUUUUUCCAUAAUCGCAAUCGAGUUCCUUUCUCUUUGAGUGUGUGCGUAUGUAAUAGGCUAAAGUACCUUGACAUUGUCCACGGAUGAUGAUGAUGCACUUUUUGACCGAGAAUUGUCCGUCGUACCUUACUUAUUGCUUUUUAUUUAUUUGUUUUUUUCUUGGGGUAAAUUAACGUCAAAGUCUUGUUCUCCGCUUGUCAACUCAAAAUAUCGUGUGGCG